GGCCAGCUCCUUGCAAGGCUGGCCUCCUUUCCUCUUGGGCCCUGCUUAUUGUCCUCCGCAUCGCACGCCGCAUUCGCGCUCUCUCUCUCACACACACACACACGAGCCCCUGCUUUGUGCGUGGACCUGGCCGGUGUGCGCGCACGAAGGGGAGGAGGAAGCGGGGAAUAAAGCGCAAUGCGCGGUGUCGGCGAAGGAAAGCGAGCCCGGCGCGCUCACUCCCGGAGAGCGGCCGGGCCAGGCUGCGUGAGGCGAUGAGCCGCCGGCGGUGUCUGGCCUGCUCCGGGGCCUCACGCAGGGCUGAGGAGAAAGGCCCGGCUCCCGUUAGGCCUCGUUCCUGCGCCCCGUACUGGGGAUAGUUUGGCUGAGGAGAAAGGGAGCCGUGAGGAGAUGAGGCGCAGGCCGAGGGUUAUGCCGCCGCCUCGCAGAGGCUGAGGGGACUCGAGUCGGGCGUUAAUAUCCAUUCAUCGCCCCGCCGCUGCCGCCGCCGUCCUUUGGACCCUUCCCGCGGCCAUUUCGGCGGCCCCCGCCCCCCAACCCGGGGAGGAUGAUCUCCACGACGACGACGCGGGGCUUCCUGUGGUCGGAGCUGGAGACGCGGGCGCUGCUGGAGAUCUGGGGGGAGGCCGACGUGCAGAGCGCGCUGGACGGCAACUUCCGCAACAGCCAUGUGUACCGGGACGUGGCCUGCCGCCUGGCCGGGCUGGGCUUCGAGCGCACCCCGGAGCAGUGCCGCAUCCGCAUCAAGGGCCUCAAGCGCCAGUACUACCAGGCCCGCGAAGGGCUCCCCAAGAACGGGCACGCCCGCAAGGCCUGCAAGUACUACGACGAGAUGGACCGAGUCCUCAGCUGCAGGCGUGCGGGGGGCGGCGGCCUGGACGGGCGCGGCACGCCGGCCGAGCGGCCUCUCAGCCCCGCAGCCGGAGCAGAUGGCCGCCUCCGGCCGUGCGCCCUCGAGGCGGACCUGGAGGAGCCGGACGAAGAGGAGGAGGAGGAGGAUGGGGGCGAGCUCGGGUCCCCCCGGCGAGGGGGCUUCCACCACCCCGACUCCGGGGAAUGCUCCUCUUACGCCCAGCACGGCAUCAAAGUGGAGUGUCCCCCCUUCGCCAUCCCGCUGCCGCCUGCCGAUGGUUUCAAGCGAAUUAAUGCUCACACCAAUGCAUCACCCUUACUAUCUCAGGCUAAAAGAUCAAAAAAGCGCCAUGCCAACUUAACCUUGGACAAAAUGAUGGAAAAGUUUCUGCAACAAAGCGUGGAGACAGAAGAGAAGUUCUACAAAUAUGAAGAGCAGCGGCUUAAAAUUGAAGACAAACGGCGAGAUGCCGAGCAUGCUAGAGAGCUCCAGAUGUUGCAGAUGUUGGGACAGAUGUUGGCAGGCAUUUCUUCUACGGUAUCUCAAAGGUCACAGUGUAUAUCAAGCAAUCCUUCUCAGAGAUCAAAUCACCGGUCAUAUGGAGAUAAUUUUAACUAUAAUAGUAUGACAGCGGCACUAUCUCCACCCAUAGUUCUAGAGAGGUCAUUUUCGGUGCACAAAUCUCAUUCCGUAAAGGAAAUGGAGAAUAUAUUUCAGUUGGUGAGAAACGUUAUUCCACCUUUAACUGCCAAAAAACAUAAAGGCCAAGAUGGACGAAUAGGGAUUGUUGGAGGAUGCCAAGAGUACACAGGGGCACCAUAUUUUGCUGCAAUUUCAGCUCUCAAAGUGGGUGCAGACCUAUCCCAUGUAUUUUGUACCAAAGAUGCAGCAACUGUAAUAAAGUCUUACAGCCCAGAGCUAAUUGUUCAUCCAGUUCUUGACAGCCGUGAUGCCGUUCAGGAAGUAGAAAAGUGGUUACCACGACUACACUCAGUUGUCAUAGGGCCUGGAUUAGGGAGGGAUGACAUACUACUUGAGAAUGCCAAGGGUAUUAUAGAAAAGUCCAAGGUCAAAGGAAUCCCUGUUGUAAUUGAUGCUGAUGGUUUAUGGCUUAUUGCCCAACAGCCUUCUCUCAUUCAGGGUUACCCUAGAGCUAUUCUUACUCCAAAUGCUAUGGAAUUUAGCAGACUGUAUGAAGCUGUGCUUAGAGACCCUGUAGAUAGUAAUGAUCAUCAUGGGUGUGUGCUAAGACUCAGCCAAGCUUUGGGGAAUUUGACAAUUGUGCAGAAAGGAGAACGAGAUCUUAUUUCAGAUGGAGAAAAAGUGCUUGUAUGUAGCCAUGAAGGAAGCAGCAGAAGGUGUGGUGGACAAGGUGAUCUCCUCUCAGGGUCUCUCGGAGUCCUGGCACACUGGGCCUUCCUUGCUGGGCCUGAAAAAACAAACGGUCAAAAUCCUUUUCUAGUGGCUGCAUUUGGAGCAUGUUCACUAACAAGGCAGUGCAACAACCAGGCCUUCCAGAAAUUUGGACGGUCAAUGACAGCCUCUGACAUGGUUUUAGAAAUAGGAGCAGCCUUCAAUAAACUCUUUGAAACCUAAGACCAAAGCAACAGCGGAGGAGGGAACCACACAACGUUGGCAGCGAAGGAACUAUGCCUGGACAUCUGUGCAGAACAAGCCGUUUUCACAUGCUGUUAGCAAUAUUGGUAAACUAGGUAGUUUUUUUAAUAGAAAAAUUGUAGAUAUUUUUUAAGGAAUUUGGAAUACCGGGGGAGGGGGGGUGUUGGUUGAAUAAGCUGUAGUUGCAGAAGUUAUAAUAUAAUAAAACUAAACUGAAAGUGUUUCCUCUGUUCUAUUUCAGUUUUUGAGCAAUAAUUAACAGUCUGCUAGCAGCAAAAAACAUGCCAUUGAUACAUGAUCAAAGGGUAUGAUCCAGCCAACAGUAAGAAAAAUAAAUGUACAACAGUGUAAUCCUAAACAAAGUUUCAGUCUUCUAAAUUCAUUCUUGCAAGAGAAUUAAGCACCUGUUUAGGGUUGCACUACCAGUCACUCGCUGAAAUAAAUGAGAUUUAAAAGUC